AUUUCUUUGUCCCUGCAGCUCAAAGAAAGCAAUGCACCCUCAGCACUCGAGCUGUUUCUAAUGAGCUACCAUACUUCUAUGAGGUUCCUAUCCGUCUUUAUUUAAUAAGCAUUUUGGUUACCAACCGAGACGCGUGCUGCCCUUUUUUUUGUCGCAGUGCGUCUUGUGCUCCGUGCGCCUCACACACGUGAUAUCCUUAUACAUUGCCACAAAACUCUUUGUCUGGCAUCGGUCCCCUGUUCCUCUCGACGACGCAGGAUGCCCAACUCGACAAACGCGACAACAGUGCAGGAGCACCUGCGCGAGCUGCAGUCCUUGGUUCAGGACUCACUCAAGCAAUGGAAUCUCGCCACCACCACGGCUGCUGCAACGGCGCUCGCGGCACAGAGCAGCCCGAAUCGGAUGUCCAAUGACCUACAUCCACUCGGACCGGUCCAAGUAGGAACUCUCCAACGGGAUUACAAGGAAAAGAUCGCGGCUCUUCGUGCCAUCUGUCUCUCCUUUGCUCAGGGACCCCUACAUCACUCGUUGAACGGAGGUGAUUCUUCCAGUGCACCGACUUUCCGGAAAUAUUCUUCGCUCUUGAAGGAAGAGACGGUACUGGAUGAGGCCGUACAUUCUGUAAAAACAAGCUUGAAGCAAUGCCAGAAAACACUUUGUGCAGCAUCGCAGGACGGUAAUAUCAAGACAGAGCAUCUGAUCAGCACCAUUCGGGAUAUGGCCACUGACCUUGGACUGGAAUGCUAUUUGGAAACAGGAUCGAGGACCGAGGGACUGCUACCAGUGUCGACGUUGACUAUCGGAGGAAACGUGAUUGUCAUCGAUAUCGAUGUCGAUAGCGCUGGAGCAAUUCUGAGAAUCAAGGUCUCUUAUGCAUCAGAGAUCCAUCAGGACGAGAGGAUCGACCGAUUACUGGCGCAAAACCUGCGUUGCAAAUGCGGAAAGCUUAUUCAGUCAGUACCGGAAAAAGGAAAGGCAGCAGAGGCUAGUCUUACACACUUGCCCGAUUGCAGUCGCGACUUCAAGACAUUUUCGAGAAAUCUGAAGGCGCUGGCGACCCUCGACAGUUUUUCAAAGAAAUACCCGAACGUUGAUUUCUUCCACAAUAUUCGCUCCAUGGAUAUGGACCUCAAGGAGCUGUUCAAGCGAGAAAUGAGUAUCACAGGGCGAGACCUACAUCGUGUGUUUACACAAGGACAUGGAAUUCCUAUGAUGCAUGCUGUCUUGGCGGGACCGUCUAUCGCUUACUGGGCAUCCAAAGAGGACCUUCUCGACGUAUCUUGGGAAUAUUUAGCGACGGCCGUUGAACAAGGUGCCAACGAUAGAAUCAAGAUUCCCUUCCACCGAAUUUGCAUCGCUAUGGAGGAGUCAACAACGUCUUCGGCAGGAUGUCUACCGUUAACGCGCUCGGGGUUUUUGUUGUCGGAAGAGGAGACGCAUAGCCUGAGCACCGUACCAUAUGGAUCCAUCAUGAAUGACCAGGGCAGUGUCAAUGCAACAACGAUUCUACAGCAGCCAUUGAAGUGGAUCGUACCAAGCACAGACCCAGCAGUCGAGGCAGCCUAUAUAGCAGUACUUCAUCCACCAGUUGUCGUAGCAGAGGAAGUGGCGAAGCAGCUGGCUGCUCUUUCGAACCAGGCGGGAUUGAACACAACAAUGGGGUCCCAUAAAGAUCCGGGCUAUCUUUCAUUGCAGGAGCGUCUGAUCAAUCAGAAUAUCGAGCAGACACAAUGGGAGAUCACCCUCGACCAGGGACCGAAUACUGUGCGGCAAUUUUACUCGUUCGACAGAACCAAAAAUGAGGCUCGCUUAAUCCACAGGAUUCCUUUCGCACACAUUUCUCAAAUCUAUAUAUGCACAAAGCUACUACGGCAACAAAUGGCGUUCAACACUUUGUUUCAAAGCUGCUUCAAGGAGACGACCCCUAUCGAUGAGACCAAACAGCGCAUGGCAACCAUCCAUCCUGGCAACAAUAAUGACGACAAGAGUUUGGAAGUCGCGAUCGUUAUCCAGACACCACAACCACCGAACAUGAUCUUGGCGUCGUUCCUGAACCCUUACACAGAGACCAGUAUGCUAGUCGAGAUUCUAAUCGAUGCAGGUUCAGGACUGCCCUCUGUGAGAUUUAUGAACGGGGUAUCGGCAGCAGGCAACACAGGCCUGAGCAUGGGCUACAACGGCGCUAGCAGCAUGGGCGAUCAGCAUCAGCAACAACAACAGGAUCAGCAGUUUUCAGUGGAGGGCGAAACAUUAAGACGGGUACUGCAGACAUGCGACAGUAUCCCGAUUUUGGUCCGGUGGAUUCUAAAGCGGUCGCUAGUAUGGAUGAAGGAGAGACAUCAUCAUCAGGGCAAAGCGCCUUCUCAUCUUUUACGAAGGGCGUCCACAUACACCGAGGAGGGCGGGAUCCUUAAGAAGCCCCGUGUAUGAAUGAUCUAUCACAAUACAAGCAACACAGCUCGCUUGUAUUUUUUAACAUUGACUUUACCAUUAUGGUUGUUGUCGCUAUCAUGGAUAUUGAUAUUGGUUAAUGGGUCUGUGAUUGCCUGUGGCAUUUGAUAAGUAUGCGAAAAGGUGCUUUAUUCUUCGUCGUCGCUACUCGAAUCGUAUGCUACUAGACUGAGCAGCGCAUUGGGCUUUGGUUUUGCUGCAGCCGUAUCGACUUUUGGCCGCUUGCUCUCUGGAUCUUUGUCAGCCAUUGAUUUAUU